AUGGCUUCCGUUUCCCAAGCUCAAGGAAACAAAAACCCCUCCUCCACGUACGUGUACUCCAGCCGUCCCCGGCCGGUGGACGGCCCGUGCGCGGAGAAGCCUCAGUACGGCAACAUCAUGUACGAUCGGCGGGUGAUCCGGGGGAAUGCCGCCAAGACGGCGGCGCAGGCGGCCGACGUCCUGCAGCAGCACGGCUUCCGCCGGAGGUCUGUGGACUUUUUGCGCUCCAGAGACCAGCUGUGGUUCAAGACUCGCGGCGACCACAACAACCUGCCCGGCAGAAAGCACGUGGACGUGCAAACCGACUCCUAUCUGGAGGAACUGAGUCUGGCGCUGGUGACCAAGGACGCCGACUCGCAAACCGACCCUUUCCUGGACAGGCCGGCCACUCCGCUCUUCAUCCCGGCCAAGUCGGGCGAAGACGUGGCCACCCAGAUCCUGGAGGGGGAGCUCUUCGACUUUGACCGGGAGGUGCAGCCGGUGCUGGAGGUCCUGGUGGGUAAGACCAUCGAGCAGUCUCUGCUGGAGGUGAUGGAGGAGGAGGAGCUGGCCUGCCUGCGGGCCCAGCAGAGGGCCUUCCAGCAGCUGCGUAACGCCGAGCUGGCCGAAGUCCAGCGGCUCCAGGAACAGGAGCGCCGUCGCGCCGAGGAGAAGGAGUGUCGCAUCGGGCAGCAGAAGGAGGCGGUCCGCAAGGAGAAGGAGACGGCCGAGAUGAUCGCAGCCCAGGCCUGCGCGCAGCAGUUUCUGUCCAAGCUCUUCCCCGCGGUCUUCGCCUCGCUCCGCAGACACGGCUACUUCUACGACCCCGUGGAGAGGGAUAUCGAGAUCAACUUCUUCCAGUGGUUGAUGGCCGAGGUCAACAACACGCUGGAGAAGAGGAAUUCAGCCAGGCUGCUGCUGGACACCAUUAUCCACGACAUCGCACUGGCCAGACGGGAUUUCUUCGGGGCGGAUCUGGAGGAGCAGGCGCCCAAAGCCGACAAGUAG